CAUAUUCAAAUCAUUUUUACAAAUUAUAUCAUAUAUACAUCAUCUUUAUAUCAUUUUAUGAAAUGGUCUUAAAAUGACUCAAAUAUGAUAUCAUCUUAAGCUCAUAUUUAAAUCAUUUUAGGAUUAUAAUAUUAUCAUUUUCACUUCAUAUCAUAAAUGAGCCAUACAUGUCUCAUUUAAGUCUCAUUUCCUGCGACCUGGGCAUUUUAUGUGACAAAAGUUGAGACCUAGUGGAUUAUAGGUUAUCGACUAUGCUAAUUCCAAAUAUGAUCAUGGCAGUUGCGUAUAGGUCUCCAGAGAUCCGGUUUUGGGAAAAUCAGUUUUUCAGAAACUCUAAAAAAUAAACAAAACCUUUGUCAAUGAGGCAUAAUUGAAGCGCGUACAUUUCUGAUUAAAAUGAGACAUCUCCCAGCUUUAUACAACCUUUUUUCUUGCAAAGUUAUAGAAUUUGCAAGAAAAGCCCUAAAUGUUCAUUGUCAGCUCAAAGCAACAGAAAUAAGAAGGAAAAAAUGAAUUAAGGGCUUUUCUUGUAAAUUCUAUAACUUUGCAAAGAAAGGUCGUGUAGAGCUGGAAGAUGGCUCAUUUUAAUCAGAAAUGUGCGCGCUACAAUCAUGCCUCAUUGAGAAAGGUUUAGGGUAUUUUUUAGAAUUUCUGAAAAACUGGCUUUCCGAAACUGGAUCUCUGGAGAUCUAUGUGCGACUGCCUUGGUCACAUUCAGAAUCAGCAUACUCGAUAACCUAUAACCCAUUGGAAAAACGAUUUGACAGCUGAAUCGGUUCCCUCGUCAGUUUUUCUCUACGAGUAGAAUCAUUUUUUUAGGUCGAUAUCCGAAAACAGAACAAGUGAUAUGUAUUCUUCCCUGUGGUACAUCUGAUCAUGAUAUUAUUAAAAAUAUUGAUAAACAAUAUAAUGGUGAAUCACCUUUACCUAAUGGUGCUGAUAGAUUCAUAGUCAAAGUUCAAGUACCAUUAGAUUCGGGUAAUGAUUUUUUACUGGUGUAUAAUCAAUCAAAAUCAUUUCAAACAACAAUCCAUACCGAUCAUUUACAAUAUAAACAAAUUCUUGAUGCAAUUAGAACAAAAGGUGUUAGGGGUUUAAAAGGUUAUUUUAAUGCAUCAUAUAAAAAGGAAACAAAAAAAGUACAAAUUGAUGUUCAAAAUAUAUAA